GCGCUUGACAGUGCUGGAUGGAUUUUUAGGGGCACCCUUCCUUUAACUCCUCCGCAGCCGGGAAGUUAAUUAUCCGUGUUUUUCCUGCAACUCGUCUGUUGGAUCCCUUCGUUGUAAAGAAGUUUGCCAUUUAUACUACGAGGAAUUCUAGGGGAAAGUUUUCGGUUUUUAACAUUUUUUUUCUAAAGGCAAUUCAUACUUCUUUGAAGCUUAAAUUAAUUUCCUAAUUCUCAAUCUCCGUAGCAGAUCGUUUAUUGUUAUUUUGUCAGAUUACAUUUAACAUAUUAUUUAGACUACGCAAGAGGCCACGGCCUUUUCUUUGCCUACUUCUAAAAAUAACGGAGGGAGAAUGUCCCCUUUUGCUUUUCAUAUUGCUGCAUCAUCUAACUAUUUUAAUAAGUAGAUUGUGUACCCAGCUGGCCUUAAUUUGCUCAUUGACAUCGUGAGCUUGUCCCCUUGCGCAGAUCUAGAGACGCGGUUAAUCGCGGAGAAUUAUCUUUGAGCCUGCUGUUUACGGAAAGGCUCCUGGUUUUGUUUAACUAAAGUUAUGCCCAUAUGUGUUCCGAAGGAUAAGAAAAGUUGAAACGGUUUUCCGAAUUCAGACCAAAUCAUUUCUCCGAAAUGCCAGAACUCAAGCCCAAACUAGAUGCGUGUUUGGAUGAAUAAAAUCACACCAGUAUUAUUGCAGGUCCGCUCGCAGGAGAACGCGUCUCGAGGGAAGGAGAGGCCAGUCGGAGGCAGGUGGAUAAGCUGGCUAUGGUGAGACGACGAUGUUGGCCAGGAAGAGCAUCAUCCCGGAGGAGUAUGUGUUGGCGCGCAUCGCGGCGGAGAACCUGCGCAAGCCGCGCAUCCGAGACCGCCUCGCGAAAGCGCGCUUCAUCGCCAAGAGCGGAGCCUGCAACCUGGCGCACAAAAACAUCCGUGAGCAAGGACGCUUCCUCCAGGACAUCUUCACUACCUUGGUGGACCUGAAAUGGCGCCACACGCUGGUCAUCUUUACCAUGUCUUUCCUCUGCAGUUGGCUGCUCUUCGCUAUCAUGUGGUGGCUGGUGGCCUUUGCCCAUGGGGACAUCCAUGCUUACAUGGAGAAGAGUGGGAUGGAGAAAAGUGGUCUGGAGACCACUGUGUGUGUGACUAACGUCAGGUCAUUCACUUCUGCUUUCCUCUUCUCCAUUGAGGUUCAAGUGACAAUCGGAUUUGGAGGGAGAAUGAUGACAGAGGAGUGCCCUCUGGCCAUCACCGUUUUGAUUCUCCAGAACAUUGUGGGUUUGAUCAUCAAUGCGGUCAUGUUAGGCUGCAUUUUCAUGAAGACAGCUCAGGCCCACAGAAGGGCAGAGACUUUGAUUUUCAGCCGCCACGCCGUGAUCGCUGUCCGAAAUGGCAAGCUGUGCUUUAUGUUCCGAGUGGGCGACCUGAGGAAAAGCAUGAUCAUUAGUGCCUCCGUGCGCAUCCAGGUGGUCAAGAAAACGACUACCCCUGAGGGGGAAGUGGUGCCUAUCCACCAACUGGACAUUCCCGUUGAUAACCCGAUCGAGAGUAAUAACAUUUUCCUGGUGGCCCCUUUGAUCAUCUGCCAUGUGAUCGACAAGCGCAGCCCCCUGUAUGAUAUCUCAGCCACUGACCUCGCCAACCAAGACCUAGAGGUCAUAGUGAUCCUGGAAGGAGUGGUCGAAACUACUGGCAUUACCACGCAAGCACGAACCUCCUACAUAGCAGAAGAGAUCCAGUGGGGCCACCGCUUUGUGUCUAUCGUGACGGAGGAGGAAGGGGUGUAUUCUGUGGAUUACUCCAAAUUUGGCAACACUGUUAAAGUAGCUGCUCCACGGUGUAGUGCCCGGGAGCUGGAUGAGAAACCUUCCAUCCUUAUUCAGACCCUCCAAAAGAGUGAACUGUCCCAUCAGAAUUCUCUAAGGAAGCGCAAUUCCAUGAGGAGAAACAAUUCCAUGAGGAGAAACAACUCUAUCCGGAGGAACAACUCUUCCCUCAUUGUGCCAAAGGUGCAAUUCAUGACUCCAGAAGGAAAUCAGAACACAUCAGAAUCAUGACAGCAAGACAAGCCCAAGACAGUCUUCUGUCAAGUUGUGAUAUUUUUUUGUGGGGCACUGCCAGACUGAACCAAAAAUGGGACACAAUAAUUUGUCCUUCUAUGUUUUAAUGCACUAAAUGAUAUGCGUAGUCAAGCAAUAGCACUUUCUGUAUUAAUAAACUACAACACACCAAUUGGAAAUUCAUGGCUUAUACUUGUUUCACCCAUGCAGAAUUUGUAGUGAUAAGCCCUCCUUUCUCUUAGUUUAAAACGUAAGAAUUAUAGCAAUAAUAAUAAUAGACCUUGAAAACAAAUUUUGUCUAGGGAAUGAGUUGUGCUGAGGUGGUGAGACCAUAGAUCUCUGUUUUUAUUGUAACUCUGGAAAUACAAAUAUUGGGUCAUUGGAAAAGUUGUGACAUAGGACCAGCAGUUGACGUAAUGGCUAUGUCACUGGACUC